AAACGAAGGGAAGCACCAAACUUCUUCCCUCCUCCUGCCUCCACAAAACCGACCCAUCACUCCUUUUUGGUCAGGAAGAUUUAUUUGUGGGCAGCAGUAAACAUCUGUUGUUCCUUGCGAAUAAUAAAGUUCCUUCAGCAGGUUCCUUCGGCAGAUUUACUGAUAUCUAUCUGAUUAGACUUGUUUGCUAAACAAAUCUGGUUAAAAUUGGUGGAACGGUAGAGGCACACAUAAAGUUUCUUGCGCUGCGAUUCAUUCAUUCUUUCAAUUCUUUGCAACCAACCUAGUUUCUCCCGUCAUGAUUCGGUCCAUGUUGUUGUUGGCGGUGCUCUUGGCAUCCAGGUCGACCUUGGCCUUUGUGCCAAUUUCAUCCAGAAGACACUUUUCUACGCUGUUCUACGCGACAGAUCCCACCAACAAUGAGCUAUCCACUGGAGGCAAAGCCAAUGUGCAAAAGAAAGUGUUUUCCGCCAAUAAUGAAUGGGGAAUUGCACAUCACUCGACAUUGGAACCGCUGGGACCCAAUGAUGGUGGUACUCUUCCGGAUCAAUUACCCAAUGGCGGCCGAGUGACCUUGGUGGGAGCUGGACCGGGCGAUCCGGAUUUGUUAACUGUGGCUGCUUACAAGAUAUUGACGCAAAAUCCCAAUGCACUGGUCAUUUCCGAUCGAUUGGUGGCCCAAGAAAUAUUGGAUUUGAUUCCGGGAGAAAUCAAAGUGGCACGAAAAUUGCCCGGAUGUGCCGAAUUCGCACAGGAAGAGAUUUUCUCCUGGGUUCACGAGGGACUCAAGCAAGGCAAGCAUGUCAUCCGAUUGAAGAUUGGCGACCCAUUUGUCUUUGGACGAGGAGGAGAAGAAGUAUUGGUAUUUCGUGAUUUUGGAGUGGAAUCCAAAGUGAUCCCGGGUGUCUCGUCGGCAUUCUCGGCACCCUUGUUGGGUUCCAUCCCUGUAACUCAUAGAGGAGUUGCACAGCAGGUUGUCAUGUGCACAGGCUAUGGUCGAGAAGGAACCUCUCCAGAUUUGAUUCAAUAUCAUAAGCAACAAACUGUGGUCUUUUUGAUGGCGGUGGGACGACUCAAGGAGCUGUGCGGCAGACUGAUUAACAUGGCCAAUUAUCCACCCGAAACACCCGUGGCAAUUGUGGAACGGGCUGGGUGCCCCAAUCAACGAACUGUUACCGGAAACUUGAUGACGAUUGCUGAUGUGGCAGAAGAGCAUCAGGUGAAGCCACCCAGUACGAUUGUGGUGGGGGAGGUUGUCAACGUGCUGUUGGAAAAGGACUCGGAAACAGGAGAAGCAGUCCAUGGAUUGAUCCAAAACAUGACAUCCUCUGCAGUGGUGUAAAUAAUUUUGAAGACAGCCCGCCUUUCAAAGCGGCACCAACACACAAAACAACGUGUACGACAAUUUCAGGCCUCGCAACCAGAGUACCACCCAGUUAGACCAUGCAUGUAAAUAAAACUAAAGAUGCAAAUUAGGGAACCAGUUACGUAGACAGAGCAACAUAAAU